AUGGACAACAUAUUCUCGUAUCGGGGACGAUGGCCGUGGGCCCGUCCUCGUCCCCAGCGACCCAAAGAUCCUGUUCCCAGGGGACGCAAGACAGCAGACCCGGGUGGCAUUAGCGGAAUGCAUCAAGGCUGUGCAGGCACUGGGCAGCAAGGGUGCCGAGAACGUGGUGCUGGGCACAAUGGCGAGGAGUUCGGCGCAGCACCGACGAUGAUCAUCGUUCAUGAGGGGUUUAUUGAUCUAGAUAUGCUAGUGGAGACCGAUGUUGAUGCGAUUGUUCAUUAA